AAAAUUUAUAUUUUAAAGUAUUCAAGAGAUAAUAAAUCUAACCCUAUUUUUUCUACUGAAUAAAAGAAAGUUAAUUUUAUUUUAAUUUAUUCUUUUUAAUGUUUUAAUAAUAAGUGAUAUAAUAAAAUAUAUAUAAAUUACAUAAUGGAAACAGUGCAAUUAAGUUCAUCUGAAGAUGAUGAUAUAUAUUUAAAUUCUGUUGCAAAAUUGAAAGCCUUGAAGAAAAAGCAGACAUUACUACAAUGUAAGGAUCAAGAAAAAGAAGAGGAAAAACAAGCAAAUAAUGAAGAAUUGAAAUGUGAAAUUUUUAAUGAUACUGUUUUAAAACAAGGAAUAAAUCGAAAGAUAAAAAACAAAAAAUAUAGUUCUAAGCAUCGAUCAGCAAAACAAAAACAAAGAAAAAAUAUAUCCGAGACAGAUUCAGAUUUAGAAAUUGUUUCUAUAGAAGAGAAAAAUUUAUCAGAAAAUGAUUUAUAUAUAGUUGAAGAUAAUAUAACUGAAUACUCAAAUCCAAAUGAGAAUUAUGAAAUAAAUAUUAAAAUUCUUUGGCGAUCAAAAAAUAUAUAUCGUUUGAAUAUUUGUCAAAAUGAAAACUUUGGACAAAUUUUUAAAUAUUUUGCUAAUUUAGAGCAAGUAUCAAUUGAUGAAAUUUUAAUAACAAAAAAAGAUAAAAUUAUUAAAAGAAAUGAUACUCCAAUUUCCAUAAAUUUAUCUGUAAUAGACAUACUUGAAGGAGGUAUUAUUAAAAAAGACAAUACGAUUUCAAACAAUGUGAUGGAAAAAAAUGAUAAUAAUGUCUGUAUGAUAAAGAUACAAACAACAAACAAAAAAAGUUUAACCAUUUUUGUUAAACGAGAUGAAAAUUUCAAAACUUUGUUAGAGAAAUGUGCUCAAGAGUUCAAUAUUGAAAAAUCAAAAAUUAAAUUGUAUUUUGACGGAGAAUUAAUUGCCAUAAUGGAUACACCUGAUUCUUUAGAAAUAGAAGAUGAAGCUUGUUUUGACCUUCAAUUUUCUUCCUAAUUAACAUAUUACAUAAUUAAUUAAUAUAUAU